UUCAAAGUGGCCACACCAUGGACAACGCCGAAGUGAGUACUGUGGAGCACCAGACGGAUAUUUACCAAGAUGCAGUGGUCUUCAUAACGGGAGCAACUGGCUUUGUGGGCAAAUCGCUGCUGGAGAAGCUGCUCUGGAGUUUUCCGCAGAUCAAGCGGAUCUACAUGCUCAUCCGGCCCAAGGGCGGAGUCACAGUGGAGGAACGAUUUCGCGGAUUCCUUCAGAAUCCCAUUUUCGAACGCCUAAAGUCGGAGCAUCCAACGCAGCUGAAGAAAAUCUUUCACUUCUCUGGCAACAUUGAGGACGACAACUUUGGUUUAAAUGAGUCCGACAGAUCGGUGUUGUGUGCCGAGGUCAACAUUAUUUUCCACAGUGCAGCAACAGUACGAUUCAAUGAGUGUCUGAAGGUGUCGGCUCGAGUCAAUUCGCAGGCCACCUACAAUCUUCUAGAGCUCUGCAGGCAGAUGCCUCAACUGAGGAGUUUUCUGUACGUCUCGACGGCCUACUGCAAUCCGGGUCGCAAGUAUGUGGAUGAGCAAGUGUACCCCACCAUGCCGCCGGUGGAUUGGCGUCAGUUUCUAGCAGCCACCCAGAAAAUACCCGACGACUAUCUGAAUCGCCUGGCCGAUUAUAUAAAGGGUCCGCAUGUCAACACCUACACCUUCACCAAAUCCAUUGCCGAGCAGAUUGUUAAUGCAUACAAGGAUGUGAUUCCCAUAGUGAUAGUGAGGCCUUCGAUAGUCACUGCUGCGUACAGGGAGCCCUAUCCCGGAUGGAUUGACAAUAUCCAGGCCAUUAGCGGGAUCAUGAUGGAAAUUGGCAAGGGCGGCAUCAGCAGCAUCCUAGGGGACAAGGAUCUUAUAUGUGACAUCAUCCCAGUGGACUUUGUGGUCAAUGCCAUGAUCAUGAUGGUCGGCAAGGCGAAAUUGGGAAGCUUGAGCAUCUGUAACGCCACUUCGGGAGUGACCAAUCCCAUCACCUGGCAGCAUCUUGGCGAGCUCACAAUGAAGUGGUCGCGUAUCUAUCCCACCCGGCGGAUGAUUAUGUUUCCCAACUUCAAGUAUAGGUGCAGUGCCUUUAACCACGAGUUGGCUGUGUGGAUUCUGCACUUUAUGCCCGCCUUGCUAAUGGAUCUGCAAACCCUGCUGUUGGCCCAAAAGAAACGACUGGUGACACCAAUUGCCAAGAAAUUCCGACAGGCUUGUCUAGCAGGUAGCUUUUUUUCGCUGAACGAGUGGAUCUUCAAGAACAAGAGCCGUUUCUAUUUCAAGGAAAUAAUUGAAAAUGGUACAUAUCCCACUCUCUAUUGGAAUCUGGAGGAGCUGGACUACGAUGACUAUGUGCGGCGUCACAUGAUUGGAAUCAACAAGUACCUGCACCGCGAGAAGUUCACCGUUGACUCAAACAAGUUUAUGGUGACCAGGAUUUAUUGGUUCUGGAUAUUCCUGCACUUGAUGUUCUACAUGAUGCUUGUCUAUAUUGCAUUUUAGUCAAGUAGAUUUUGAGUGUUUAGCGAUAAGCAGGUAAAUUAAUAAUGAGUGUAAAAGGCGUUGUUUUAAAUAUUUAUUUAUAAUAUAAGUUACAGUCUCACUA